UCACGGGUUUCAGGCUUUCUCUCAAGUUUCCCCUAGUCUCAGGACGGUCGAGACCCAGCCUGGGCCAGGCUUUCGCAGCUUUCACAGUGGAAGGAAGGGGCCGAAGAAAGAUCCCACAGCAGAAGCGCGCAGGAGAGGGCCUAGAAUCUUAAGAAGAUUAUUGAUGGAAGUGAGGAAACUAGUUUGAGUAAACCGCACCAGGCACCGUCAGGCCCCUGCUGCUUGCUCGCGUCUCUUUCAGUGCUCCGGGUUCUCUCUUUUGUUCAGUGAGGUGUUAACCUGAGUAUUCUCAAGUUCAGUUCUGACACUGUAAAUUCUGUUUAAAGGAAAAAUGGAGGAAAAUAUGAAGCUUGCUACAGUGGAAGACACUGUGGAGUACCACCUGUUCCUGAUACCAGAUGAAUCAAGGGACCCAGAAAAACACAAAGAAAUUCUUCAGAAGUAUAUUGAGAGAAUAAUGACCCAGUUUGCACCUAUCCUAGUCUCCUAUAUCUGGCAAAAUCAGCCUUUUAAUCUCAAAUAUAAACCUGGGAAAGGAGGUGUUCCUGCUCAUUUGUUUGGCGUGACAAAGUUUGGGGAUAACAUUGAGGAUGAAUGGUUUAUCGUUUACAUAAUAAAACAAAUUACAAAGGAAUUUCCAGAAUUAAUAGCAAGGAUUGACGACAAUGAUGGUGAAUUCUUGUUAAUAGAAGCUGCUGACUUCCUCCCUAAAUGGUUGGAUCCUGAUAAUAGUGCCAAUAGGGUCUUUUUCCACCAGGGUGAGUUGUGCAUUAUUCCUGCACCAAGAAAACCUGACGCUGAAUCCUGGUUACCCACUACACCCCCAACAAUCCCACAAGCAUUGAAUAUAAUCUCAGCACAUCCAGAAAAAGUUUUGGCUUCAGAAUUAAUACGAGCUGCUGUUAAUAGGCGUAUCAUAGGGUACCCAGAAAAAGUUCAAGCCUCCCUUCAUCGAGCACACUGCUUCCUUCCAGCUGGCAUUGUAGCAGUACUAAAACAGCAGCCCAGAUUGGUGGCUGCCGCUGUUCAGGCAUUUUAUCUGCGGGACCCCAUUGACCUGCGAGCCUGUCGUAUUUUCAAGACAUUCUUGCCUGAAACACGAAUAAUGACAUUGGUCACUUUCACUAAAUGUCUGUAUGCCCAGCUGGUACAACAGAGAUUUGUGCCAGAUCGGCGGAGUGGAUACAAGCUGCCUCCUCCAUCUCAUCCUCAGUACCGAGCCCAUGAAUUAGGCAUGAAGUUGGCACAUGGAUUUGAGAUCUUAUGCUCCAAAUGUAGCCCACAUUUUUCUGACUCCAAGAAAUCCCUUGUGACCGACUCACCACUCUGGACCAGUUUCCUUGGAAGCCUGAAGAAGAAUAAUUACUUUAAGGAACUGAUAGAAGGUUCUUCUCAGUACCAAGAACGGCUAGAAAUGGCAAAGAACUAUUUCCAACUCUCAGUAAACCGUCCUGAAAGUUCUCUUGCUAUGAGCCCAGGUGAAGAAAUCUUAACCAUAUUACAGACAAUACCAUUUGAUAUAGAAGAGCUUAAGAAAGAAGAAGCUAAUCUUCACCCAGAGGAUGAUGAUCGCUGGUUAGAUCUCUCACCAGAUCAGCUGGACCAGCUACUCCAAGAAGCCACUGGCAAAAAAGAAUCACAGCCUAUUUCCAAGAAUAAGGAGCAGGACUACGAUUUAACUCAAGUUUCAGAGAGCAUGAAAGCUUUCAUAUCCAAAGUCUCAACCCACAAGGGAGCAGAGCUACCUCAAGAACAUUCUGAGGCGCCAAUCACUUUUGAUGCAGAUUCCUUUCUUAAUUAUUUUGAUAAAAUUUUGGGGCCAAGACCUCAUGAAUCAGACUCUGAUGAUCUAGAUGAGGAAGACUUUGAAUGUUUAGAUAGUGAUGAUGAUGUGGACCUAGAAACACAGGAAUCUGGUGAAGAGGCAUCUCUGAAAGGAACUCUUGAUAAUCUCAAGUCAUACAUGGCCCAGAUGGACCAGGAACUGGCACAUACCAACAUUGGCAAAAGUUUUACCACACAGAAACAGGUGAAUAAGGAACUUCCAUCCCAGACCGCCAGUAAUAAUUCAGAUGAAGAAGAUUCUGGUGCAGGAGAGUCUGUUAUGGAACCAGUGGAUAUAGACCUGAACCUGGUUUCAAAUAUUUUGGAAUCCUACAGCUCUCAAGCUGGACUGGCAGGACCUGCUUCCAACCUUUUACAGAGCAUGGGAGUGCAGCUGCCUGACAACGCAGAUCACAGAGCCAUAAGUAAGCCAGGCCAAGAGUAACCAGCAUAUCUAGCUUCUCUUUUCUCUCUUAAAUAAUGAAUCUAAGUGUGUUCAUUUCUACUUUUAAUUACUCAUUUGGUAAAAAUGGUUCUUCAUUACAAAUGAGCUCCAAAUAUUGCCUUUUCUGGCUUGAUAAUUUCUAUUAUAUCUAGAAAUAUCUUUUUAAAUUUAUUUAAAUGUUUUUCUGUCACAUUCUUUCCUGUCAUUCUGGGCCUCAAUUAGGAAUAUGUUCUUGUUCUUUUUAGUUGAUUCAGAAAUUAUAAUAUCUUCAAGUCUGCAUUAUUGUUAAUAAAUUUGAGUUAUUGACACUUU